AUGGGUCAGAUCGAGGAUAUCGUCGAGUAUCACGUCCUUCGAAAACAUCAAAGAUGCCGGUCCUCGGAGGAGCAACUCGAUCUUUGGCAGACCUUGCCUGAACUACCACUUGCAACGGAGCUGCUAUCCGGAGACCCGCCCGACCUUCCAUACGACUACCAGUACGAAGCUCCACGCGACAAAAAUGACUACCUGCGCUGGCAAUAUCUGAUGUACCGGUAUGAGGGUGUUGAGUCCAUGCGCCGUGCUAUCGCUGUGUUUCGAAGAAGGCCUUGCGAACAGCCUCGUGAUGCCUACGUCUACACUCAGGCCCGUAUCCAAGGAUACACUUUCUCGAGGCAAGGUGCAGCCGCACGUGUCGCAUUCUCCACAGACAUAUCCAAAGUACGCGUGGAUUGGGAGAACACUUCAAGGCUCACUCCUGGAUCCCUGAUUGCCCUGAGUCCCAAGAAAGAUGGGUUUCAAACGAAAUGCCUGGUAGCAACAGUCGCCGCCCGGCCAAUUCUCGGUGGACUGAUCCCUAACCCAGAGUUUGGCGAGACUGAGGACACCCCUCCACGCAUCGACAUAUUCUGGAGCAACCCAGAAGACGCAGUCAUUGAUCCUCUCGAAGAAAUGUUUAUGAUUGAACCCAAGUCCGGUUACUUCGAGACUGUCCGUCAUGCGAUGAUAGGCCUGCAGCAUGCUGCCGUUUCCGAGAGCCGACCGACUCCUAUCAUAGUGGCCGCACAGACGAACCAUGCGCUCGACCAGCUCCUCCUUGAGUGUAUGCAGCCAGGCCUGGACGGCGUCGCCAUGGUCAACAUUGCCAGACUUGGUAGCAGGUCCCAAGACGAAAGUAUCCAGCAGACUACGCUUUUCAACCUGAGGACAAAGUCAAAGAAGUACGGGCGUGGAGGACACCAAGCCUGGACUGAUGCCGAGUCCAAAGCCAUCGAGUUCGAGUCAUUGAUGCAUAUCUGCUUUCCAAAUGGCCUAGUCUCUUUCAAGGUCCUGCUGGAGGAAGGCAUUAUCACGCCCGUGCAAUAUGAUUCCCUCGAUGAAGAUGACUAG